GCAUGGUUAUUGUCGCCUUCAGGCUUCUCUGCUCCUAUAACAUCAAAAUAGGAUUCAUCCUUACUCGAUAACUGGGUGUUCGCCGGUGAGACCAUUAUACGGCGUCGGCAUGGCUUCAGACACAGAGGAUGGUGGAGAGGUGCAACCUACAGAGACGACCACCGAUGACUCCUCGUCGCCCAUGACGGUGGAGAAGGAGGAGCAGGCGGCGUCGACUGGGAUGGAGAUAGUGAAGGCAGGAAAUAGUAAUGCUCAAGAAACUGGGGGUCUCUCUCUAAAUUACGAGGAAGCGAGAGCUCUCCUUGGAAGACUGGAAUUUCAAAAAGGUAAUGUAGAAGCUGCUCUCUGUGUGUUUGAUGGCAUAGACCUUCAAGCUGCCAUCCAACGAUUCCAACCAUCACUUACUGAUAAGACGACAUCUAAGAAAGGCCAGACGAAAUCAGAAUCAGGCAUAGAAAAUCCUGCUACCCUUGUUCUUGAAGCCAUUUACUUGAAAUCAUUGUCCCUUCAAAAGCUAGGAAAAUCAACAGAAGCUGCGAAUCAGUGCAAGAGCGUUCUUGAUUCAGUCGAAAGCAUGUUCCAGAAUGGUCCUCCUGACAUCGAACAGAAGCUACAAGAAACUAUCAACAAAUCCGUUGAGCUUCUCCCAGAGGCAUGGAAGCAAGCUGGAUCACAUCAAGAAGCAUUAGCUUCGUACCGACGCAGUCUUCUCAGCCAAUGGAAUCUUGACGAUGAAUGUUGCACAAGGAUUCAGAAGAGAUUUGCUGCAUUUCUGCUGUAUAGCUGUGUAGAGGGGAGCCCACCCAGCUCGGGAUCACAAGUUGAAGGUUCUUUUAUUCCUAAGAACAAUGUUGAAGAGGCCAUUCUACUUCUAAUGGUAGUACUGAAGAAAUGGUACCAGGGGAAGACGCAUUGGGAUCCAUCGGUGAUGGAACAUUUGACAUACGCAUUAUCGCUUUGCGACCAACCAUCUCUUCUUGCAAAGAAUCUAGAAGAGGUUUUGCCUGGAAUAUAUCCUCGCACCGAGAGAUGGCACACUCUAUCUCUUUGCUAUUAUGCAAUUGGUCAGAAAGAAGUUGCACUAAACUUUCUGAGGAAGUCUCUGAACAAGCAUGAGAAUCCAAAUGAUAUAAUGGCAUUGUUGUUGGCUAGUAAGAUAUGCAGUGAGGAGCGACAUCUAGCUUCCGAGGGCGUCGAAUACGCGAGAAGAGCGAUCAAACUUUCUGAAUCUUCAGAUGUUCAUCUGAAGAGUGUGGGACUCCAUUUCUUGGGGAAUUGUCUUGGCAAGAAGUCAAAGACUGUCUCAUCAGAUCACCAAAGGUCUCUCUUGCAGAAUGAAACUCUAAAGUCAUUCUCAGAGUCGAUUGCUCUUGACCGGCACAAUCCAGACCUGAUAUUUGACAUGGGAGUUGAAUAUGCUGAGCAGAGGAACAUGAAUGCCGCACUGCGAUGCGCAAAGGAAUAUAUCGACGCAAUCGGUGGAUCAGUCUCAAAAGGUUGGAGGUUGCUAGCAUUGGUUCUUUCUGCACAGCAGAGAUAUCCUGAAGCAGAAGUGGCAACAAAUGCUGCAUUAGAUGAGACUGCAAAGUUGGAUCAAGGGUCAUUACUUAGUCUAAAGGCUAAGCUGAAGGUUGCUCAAUCAUCACCUAUGGAAGCAGUUGAAGCAUACCGUGCCCUUCUUGCUCUUGUUCAAGCCCAAAAGAAUUCCUCUGGAUCUAGCAAGACUGAUGCAGAGGGACAGAAUGACAGUGUAAGUGAGUUUGAAAUCUGGCAAGGACUUGCAAACCUGUACUCCAGUCUCUCAAUCUGGAGAGACGCUGAGAUAUGUCUGCGGAAGGCUAGAGCCCUGAAAUCCUACUCGGCUGCAACAAUGCAUGCAGAAGGUUACAUGCUCGAGGCGCGAGAUCAGAACAAGGAGGCAUUGGCUGCCUACGUCAAUGCAUUCUCGAUAGAGCUAGAGCAUGUUCCAUCCAAGGUGGCCAUUGGUGCACUUCUCUGCAAGCAAGGGUCAAGGUAUCUCCCUGCAGCGAGAUGCUUCCUCUCGGAUGCACUGAGAAUUGAGCCUACGAACAGGAUGGCUUGGCUUCAUUUAGGGAAAGUUCACAGGAAUGAUGGGAGGAUCAAUGAUGCUGCUGAUUGUUUUCAGGCUGCGGUGAUGCUUGAGGAGUCUGACCCUGUAGAGAGUUUUAGGUCACUCGCAUGAGGAUAUCACAAUUCACAAACAUGUUCUCUCUUGUUUUUUCAGGUUCAUAGUAUUUGAGAGAAUUAACACACAUUAGAUAUUACUAAGGUUGUUGUAUCUAAAAAUAUGUGUAAUCCUGUAUAUUUUUUUUCUUUCUGAACUCUAUCAGGCAUUAACAAACAGAGUGGUGUAUCAAAGCUGUAAUUAAUUAACAACUCACCGUCCUUAUAUAAUUGUUUUACUUGGUGAUUUCAUCUGGUGUAGCUCCAGAAAAUAACUGGAUUUGAUAAUGUAAUAUGAAUCCCAAGUACAUAAUUCAGCAAAGAUUAUAGCCA